AUGAUCAAAGGAAAAGACAUUUAUGAAGUUGUGGCGGCGCUUGUGCCUCUCUACCUUGCUUUGUUCUUAGCCUACGGCUCCGUCCGUUGGUUGAAGAUCUUCACCCAGGAACAGUGCUCCGGCAUAAGCCGUUUCGUGUCGGUGUUCGCUGUCCCCUUCCUCUCCUUCGACUUCAUCUCAUCCAACAACCCUUACACCAUGAACUUGAGGUUCCUAGCCGCGGACUCUCUCCAAAAAAUCGUGGUUUUGCUUGCACUUUUCCUAUUCAACACUUUCACAAAAUGGGGCAGCAUUGACUGGUCCAUCACCUUGUUCUCACUCAUCACACUCCCCAACACACUCGUCAUGGGGGACCCUCUUUUGAAGGCCAUGUAUGGAGAAUUCACACACGCCCUCAUGACACAAAUCGUGGUCUUGCAAAGUGUCAUUUGGUACACUCUUUUGUUGGUACUUUUUGAGUAUAGAGGCGCCAAGCUUCUCAUUUCAGAGCAAUUUCCCGAGACUGCAGGUUCCAUUGCAACCCUUAGGGUUGAUUCAAGUGUUAGCUCUCUCAAUGGUAGAGAGCCUUUGCAUGCUGAUGCAGAAGUUGGAGAAAAUGGACAACUUCAUGUGGUGGUGAGGAGCAUGUCACGUUCUGUGUCCAUGGCUUCUUCGUUCCACAAAUCCUAUUCAACUGGGGUUGAGAUCUACCCUUUUCCUUCAUCUAGAGAACAAACUAGUCUCCAAAGUUUUGGGGUACAUGAGAGUAGGUUUUGGAGGAGCAAGAGUGAUGGUGAUGCGGUUUUUAACAGUGGUUUGGUUUCUUCAUUUCCGUCUAUAAAACCAGUGUUUCAAGGGUCUCGUAGUGGUGGCCAAACAAACAGAGAUAUGAGUAGUAGUGAUGGUGCAACUAGUAAUAUGGGGUUACACAUGUUUGGUUGGAGCCGGAGAGAAUCGUCAACUUCUGAAGUUAACAUGAAACAUGCAGUGAAUAGGGUUGCGCCUUCUGAUCAAUUGGCCGUGCAUGAGCUUGAAGAAAUUAGGGAAGGAAUUGAACAUCCUGUAAUGGGGAGACGGAGGGAGUUGAGCAUUGAAGAAGACGAUGGAAACAAAAGACAACAAAUGCCUCGUGUUAGUGUCAUGAUAAAGCUUAUUCUCACUAUGGUUUGGAGGAAUCUCUUAAGAAACCCUAAUGCCUGGGCAAGUGUUUUCGGCCUCGUUUGGUCUCUCAUAUUUUUCAGGUGGAACAUUGCAAUGCCAAAAAUUGUAAGAAAAUGCAUUGAUAUAAUAUCUCAUACCGGACUGGGAAUGGCCAUGUUCAGUCUAGGUUUGUUCAUGGCAUUACAACCCAAGAUCAUUACUUGUGGAAAAACUCGGGCUACAAUUUCAUUGGUAAUUAGGUUCUUGAUUGGUCCAGCAGUGAUUCUUGCAACCUCCAAAGCUAUGAGUAUCCAUGGAGUUCUUUUAAAUGUUGCAAUAGUUCAGGCUGCUCUUCCCCAGGGUAUUGUUCCAUUUGUAUUCGCCAAAGAGUAUAAUCUCCACCCGGACAUACUCAGCACAGCGGUUAUCUUUGGAAUGGUGGUUGCGUUGCCCGUAACAAUAAUCUACUACGUGGUUCUUGGAGUGUUAUAA